AUGCCAACACCUACCUGUCCAAAGUGCAGGAAAGUUUUCACCAAGGACUCCAGCAUCACUCGCCAUCUAAGUCAGCCUUGGACAUCUUGUCACAGUUCCAUUCAUGACAUCGUCGACAUCUUGGAAUUCACAGAUGUAGUUCCACCACAGCGAUCCCUUGAUCCACCUCAGAAUUUGGAUACUAGUGUUGAUAUGAGUCAGGGAUUUGGUGUUGGGGGGAAGAGUGGGAGGUCGCCGACUUCCUCCUGUGUUCUGCCCUUAGCAUGGCAGCAAUCAAUACCUUUUUACAGCCCUCUAUGGUAUGUAUCUUCCUUGUUGCUUUCAUGCUUUGAUCAUGACAUUACCUCACAGAUAAAACAAUUACAACUGUCAUUCAACAACGCCAAAGAUUUCUGGAAAUGCCAACUCAUUCCCUCACUUCAUGGCAUGAAAAGCCCAAUUCAACUAUUUUGGAGGGACCCAGUCAAUAAUCCCCUUGUUCAUGACCAACUUGACUUUAUCCCUCAUCAUCUCCUGCAUGUGUAUUUGGAAUGCAUCCAAGAUCAACUGCCCCAAGGUGCAACAAUCCUUGGCACUGUGCUUUCGUCUGACAAGACCAAUGUCACAACAAUGACAGGUGCCAGGGUCACACACCUGCUUCUGCUAGGCCUUGCUAAUAUUCACAUGCACACUCCUAUGAAGCUCUUGUCCAAGACAUUCAUGCUCACGGCUCUCCUCCCUAUCCUGCAGUACCUACACCCUAAUCAACAAAUGCAGGGUAUGCUCGAAGAUUGUCUCAUCCAUGAGUAUCUUUUGAUUGUUUUGCAGCCCCUGAUGAAAGCCGCCGAACUUGGAAUCAUGAUGUCCGACCCAGCAUGUAUGCUUGCAUGUGUGCAUGGUAAAACUUCUCCAUUUACACUGGCAUUGUAUCUGCAGUUUGGGGACAACUUUUGUCACCCUGCAUAUUUCUGGCUAAAUGGUGUCUUUGCACCUUUCUGGAAGGGUUGGUGGUUCAGUGAUCCUGCAAUCUUCCUCACACUGGAAGCUCUGCAUCACUGGCAUAAGCAAUUCUAUGACCAUGACAUGCAAUGCUGUCUUGUAGUUCUUGGAGUGGUGGAAUUUGAUUUCCAGAUGUCAAUAUUGCAACCCAUCACAGGCUAUCACCACUUCUCCAACAGAAUCUCCAAACUGAAACAGGUCAUGGGCAGAGUCCACCAUGAUAUACAGCAUUAUAUCAUUGGACUGAUUGCUGUGCAGUCUCCCUCACCUGAUGACAGUGUACUGACAUCUAUCAACAGAUCACUUGCAAUAUUUCAUAACAACAAAGAUGCUAUGGGUACAAAGAGAGUCAUUGAUAAUUGGCACAUACCCAAGCUGGAGCUCAUGCAGAGCAUUACUGCUAGCAUAUCCCAAGUCAGCGCCCUCAUCCAGUGGUCCACAGAUGCAACUGAACAUGCACACAUCUCUGAAAUCAAGGAUCCAGUGUGGCACAUGAACAACAAUGAUUAUGAUCCCCAAAUCUGUUAUCACUUAGAUCAAGCAGAGAAACUGCAUCAUUUUGCAAUUGCUACAACUCUCAAGAGCCUUCCCACUGAUCCUGAUCUCAAAGAACUUCAUGAGGUUGAAUGGGACGAGGACGAGGAAGAAAAUGGGGCAAAAGAACUGAAUCACACUCGGACCAGUUCCAACUACUUCAGCAAAAUAAGAAUGUUGGCUACUGCAAGGCACAAUGAAAUUCCCCAGGCUCACUCUCCUUGUACAUUCCUUGCUGGCAGCACUGCCAUUCAUCUCAACUGUAACCCCACCUGCACUGGCUUGAAAAUUGAUGAGGUCGCCGAUCAAUUUAACAUCCUAGAUCUGUGGUAUGCUCUCUCAGGCUUCCUUCAAUGCAAUGCAAGGAAAGGAGAUGGAGUUUUUGGGGUGGGGGUCCCAAGAAGAUUGCUGAUUGACCACCCCUUGAAUAUUCCUUUUGAGCACAUUCAAAUAUGGCAUACUGUUCGCUUGCAGCAAGUUUGUCUCCACAAUCCCAGUGUUGUUUUACCUGUGCAAACCAUGCAUGCCUCUCCUGCACGUGAUGUUGCCAUUCUCAGCAUUGAUAGCGCGUAUGAUUGGCUUAAGUCUGGGUUAAAGGCAUUCGUCAACAUUAUCCCAAGGCUGGGUACUGCAGCGGAUCCUCAAUUGACUAAGUCUACUUCUGUGCAUUAUCAUUCUUCAUUCUACUUGAAUAAGUACUUUGAUAAGCAAAUUUAUGAUACCCUGUACUAUGCGUUAUAG